AAAAUCAUUCACCCGAGAGAGAGAGAGGGAGAAUUUGACCUGACCGCAACCCUAGCUAGCCACAUUCAAACCGGCGCAGUAAAAUCCCAAACAAAAAUCAAACCAUAUUUUCCUCCAUUUAGAAGGAAUUUCAGUACUUUUGUACUGUUGUUCGUUUCCUAAUCAAGAUAGGAUUUCAUUUAUCUAUAUAUAGAUCCAGAGAGAGAAUAAAGAGAUAGCAAUUCGGAUUGCGAUUUUGAUAUUUGGAUAGAGAUAUAGAUAGAUAUAUUGAUAGAUUUGUGAUAGAUCUAGAGAAAAUCAAUCAAUUGUUAUCAAUCGACAUGGCUAAUCGGUGGUGGGCAGGCAACGUGGCGAUGAAUCCGAUGUCUUCGCCGGCGCCGAACGGUUUGAACGCGUCCAACAGCAGCGGCAGCAACCCGAAUAACUCGGGGGGCGAGAAUCUGGACGAGGCCGAGGACGGCCAGAACCCCGCGGGCGAUAUCGAGAUCUCUGGGCCGUCCUCGGCCGCGUCCGGGGGCCGGCGCCCCCGCGGACGGCCCCCGGGCUCGAAGAACAAGCCCCGGGCGCCCGUGGUGAUCACCAAGGAGAGCGCCAACGCGCUCCGCAGCCACGUCCUCGAGAUCGGCAGCGGCAGCGACGUCCUCGACAGCAUCGCCGCCUUCGCGCACCGCCGCCACCUCGGCGUCUCCGUCCUCUCCGGCAGCGGCGUCGUCACCAACGUCACGCUCCGCCAGCCCGCCGGCGGCGGCGUGCUCAGCCUCACCGGGAGGUUCGAGAUCCUCUCGCUCUCCGGCGCCUUCCUGCCGCCGCCGUCGCCGCCGGGGGCCACCGGCCUCACCGUCUACCUCGCCGGAAGCCAGGGGCAGGUCGUCGGCGGCCCGGUCGUCGGCACAUUGAUCGCAUCCGGGCCGGUGAUGGUGAUCGCCGCGACGUUCACUAACGCCACCUUCGAGCGGCUCCCGCUCGAAGACGACGGCGAGGGGAUGCCGUCCCAGCAGACACCGCUGCCGCAGCAGAAUGCUGCGGCCGCGGCGAUGGCGGAGCCGCCUCCGCCGUCGUCAGCGGCUAUGUAUAAUAACAUGCCGCUUCCGAACGGCAGCGGCGGCGCCCAAAUGCCGCACGAUAUGUUUUGGGCCCCGCCGCGCCUGCCUCCUCCGUCCUAUUAGGACGGAGGCGGCCGCGGCGACAAGGUCGGAAAUUCCUCCUUGUAAACUAAAUGCUUUAGGUUUUUUAACUCUAAUUUGCAAUCUCAAUAAUUAGCUUCAUAUAUUCAUCUUAUUAAGUAUUUUAUCAAA